AUGAAUUACUUCACAAUUAAGCAAGCAUAUUAUACUGGAAACUUUCCACAAACUCUACAGGAAAUUGCCAAGUUCAAUAAAAUUUCUGAUGACACGUUAUUGUUCUACAAACAUAGUGCGAGCUUGAAAUUGGGACAAUUGACUCAAGAUCUAGGCUCCAGCAAUCUCGAUAAAGCUUUUGCUGCCUAUAAGGUGUUUUUGGAGACUAGAGAGAUUUCUCAAUUAGAGAAAACAGUUUCUAUUGAAACUGGUUCUCCAUUUGAACUAUAUCUUUUUGCCAGCGCACAAGCUAUACGGGAGGACUUUGAAGCCGGCCUGCAAAUUUGUGUUUCCGGUAUCGAUAGUGACGAACAGUUGGGUACUCCAGAACUAUUACUAUUAGCAGUCGAGAUCUCAUUGAUGAACAAUCAGUUUUCUACUGCUACGACCAUUCUCGAAAACUACACAAGCGCGAACGAGGAUGAGAUAUCUGGCGAGGACGAACUCAUCUUAAAUCUUGCUGAAUCAUAUGUUAAGUUUGCAACUAACCAAGAGACAACAAGAUCAAAUUUCUACUAUUUCGAGGAACUGUCCCAAACUUUCCCAACUUGGAAGACUCAGCUAGGUCUUUUGAACAUGCAUUUGCAACAAAAUAACGUUCCGGAGGCUCAAUCAAUCGUGGACGUCUUGGAAUCAGAAUACUAUACUGAGGAGCAAAAAGAUUUGGCUAAAUUAUACAGACCGUCUUUCCUCGCUAGUAAGAUCACACUAUCUAUUUUGCAAAACAGUCAAGAUACUCAACCAUUAAGAUCUGAAUUAGCCACCUUAGACCCAGCGAACGUUUUCUGCAAGAAGCACAAUGAAACGCAGGCAAAAUUCGAUGAAGUGGUCGCUAAAUACAGCUCCUGA